AUGCGUGAUUGGAAUCAUCUCCCGGUAGAAAUCAAACGGCAUGUCGUCAAGAAUCUGGACUUCAUGAGCAGACACUCUAUGAAAAGUACAUCCCAUGUGGAACGUCUCAUUGUGAAUUCCACGUGUUUCAAAGUGCCACGUGUCAGAUUUGGAUACAAACAAGGGAAAUGUUUGGUGAUGAUUUAUACGGGAAUCGAGAAGUUUCUGAGAUUGGAAUUGUCAAAGUGCAAGGAGGGGAUUCUGGUGGAGAGAUCCGAAAACACAUGGGACCCUCGAGACAUCACUACCAAAAUCCUCCCGCCUUCUGAUGUCUUGAAAACAGGACUCACUAUCCUCAAAAACCUCCUUGCCCACGAAUCAAUCAUCAUCGAAGCCAUGGAAUGGGACAUCCCAGACGAGAGCCCCAAAAUCAAAUAUCGACAAGAAAUCCUGGCUACGCUAGACAACGAGAAGUUUCGUGUUCGCGAGCUGGUUUUCCUUUGGAAUACUGUAGUACUUGAGCCUCUGAUUCCUAAUCUUUGUGUGGUGGAUGAUUUCAAAUUGUUGCGACGUUUUGGAUUGGAGAUUUCAGGCGAUUCGCUGGUCCCCGUCAUGAUUCAUGACAGUCAAGUAGAGCAUCCCUGGACACUGGGGAGACCCUGUUAUCAAUCCAUGUUCUGCCUGAAUGGCUCAUUGCCAAUUACGUUGGUUAUGCACUUUCAAGAUAGAGACUUACUUCUGUCGGACCCGAAGACUAUUGCGACUGUUUUACGAGUGGCGUCACCACUUCCCCAAAAACCCGACCGCCAAGCGCACUCUGACACUAUCAACUGGACAUAUGGCAAUGAGUGUGGAUACUGGACGGCCAAAAUGAUACCUGCAAACGAGGCUAAGGUGAAGAAGAUGUUGGAUCCAGAGAAGUGUGGUGUCCACUAUCAAUGCAAAAACUGCACGGACCCGUUCACCUUCUGGUACCACCAGAAUUUGGCUCGUCGAUUUCAUCAAGAGCCAUUCUGGGGAGACAUUGUCUGGCAGAUUCCUGGAUUCGGGGAUGUGGAGAUGGGGAUAAGAAAUUUGAAGAUUGAGUUGGCGAAGGAUGAGAAGAAGAAGGAGAAGAUGAAGAAGUGGGAGAAGGAAAAGUCGUGGGGAUUCAAGGAAAUUUUGGUGGAGAAGUGCGAUUUCAAGGGAUUGGGGCAGGAGUCUGAAGAGGUCAAGGAUUCUGGAGAUGCCUUUUACGAUAAGAAUUUUGAUAUCGACGCUGAGGAGCAGCCUGAAAACAUGACGAUCCCAUCUCCCACAUCUACUUUCUCACUCAAAUUCUUUUUCAUUCUCCCAAUUCUCCUCUCUUUCAUGUUCUACUUGAUUAUUUCACAUCUUUAUUAUUGA